AAUGCCCUGCAUUGUGCAGGAUGAGCAGUUUUUUCAUUGCAACCCGGGCUGUUUCCUGGUUCUGACUGGGCCUGGAAAUCCCAUUGGGAAGUCCUGGCGGGAGUUGCUCUGCACCUGCAGUGAUGUUGUGCUUCACACCUACGGGAGUACCGGUGUUUCAAAACAGGCCCUGUUCCCAAUCCACACCCUCCCCGCCAUACACUAAGCCACUUCCUUGGCCGGGGAUUUCUCCUCUCUGACACUCUCUGCCAGCGCAUAAAAAGAGAUGAGGGCCUGGUGCCUCCAGAACAGAGUGGAGGAGAGACCGUGACCCAGGCCGUUGAACUGGUGAUUUUAACCAGAGGCGCAACAUGAUGCUCAGGUUGGCUGUGCUUUUCUCAGCUCUCUGUGCUGCUUCAUGUCAAUUGGCAUGUCCGCCCAUUGUCUCCCCGGCCAAGUGGGGGUCCCGGCCUGCCAAGUGUGCUUCCCCUCUCUCCAAAGUCCCACCUGGCAAUGUCGUCAUCAUCCACACGGCUGGCAGUGCCUGCCACACGCAGCCUGAAUGCAGCGAGCUGUUGCGCAACAUCCAGGUUUUCCACCGGGACAUGAAGGAGUGGUGCGACGUCUCCUACAACUUCCUGAUUGGUGAAGACGGGAACGUGUAUGAAGGCCGAGGCUGGCUUUUGGAGGGUGCCCACACCUAUGGCUAUAAUGAUUUAUCUCUGGGCAUUGCCUUUAUUGGCGACUUUACAGAGCGGUCUCCGAAUGAAGCUGCCUGGAAAGCCCUGAAGAACCUGCUCGCCUAUGCCAUCCAAAGUGGGUACCUGGCUUCCGACUACCUCCUCAUGGCUCACAGCGACGUCAGCAACACCGUUUCCCCGGGGAAGCUCAUCCGUGAGACCAUCAAGAUGUGGCCGCAUUACAAACACUGAGGACAGGUCUGGAGAAGCUCAGCACUGCCCUGUGACACCACGGAAAGCCUGGGGUGCAGGCUCCAGGACCCAGUGCUAAAGGACUGAUUCACUGACAGAGUGGCUGGGACUCUUUUGGGUUCGGCGCUGGAUCCUUCAGUCAUGCUCUUGCUAGCUGAAGAGAUGGGGAGGGGAAGCAAUGUGGUUGCAAUGGGCCAUGGCAAUGGCCAGAGUGAGAGAAGGAGGGGUCAUAUCAGGAAGGGGCAGGUGGGAUGGGAGUUGAUUACAACAGUUCUUAGCUAGUGGAUGGGGUGAAGUUUUUCCAGGAGCCUAGGGGAAUUAGUAUCCUUCAGAACUCCUACAUUCAGGGCCAGAUCCACAAAGGUAUUUAGGUGCCUGACUUCCACUGGAACCAGCUGAAAUCAUUAGGAACUGUGGUUUCUGAAUAGCAGCUGUGCACCCCCACACCUCAGUGGCCAGAAACCCUAGCCAGCUCGGUGAUGUAAAGCAGCCUGGAGGCUGCUCUGACUUGUGUGCCCAGCCUGGAUCUGAGGCUGUGUGAGAAUGAAAGGAUGAGAAAGGGCUGCAAAAAGGUGUCCUGUGUCUUGCCACACGAUAGAAAAGGUGCAUAGCAAACAUUCAUGUGAAAAGAUGACUCUAAUUGAGCCCUAUGUGGUGUCCCAGGGGCGGUGGGAACCAAGGGGGAACUGCCAGUAUUGUGGAUCAGGCCCUGAGUGGCUCCAGCUUUCCUUCCUCUACUAAAUCCAUGGCUAAGAAAUCAGACCAGUACCCUGAGUAUCUGGGUGAAACCUAAGCUCACCCUGCUUUGCAACUUCUGAUCUCUGAGAAGUCUAGAAGCUGAUAAUUAAAGUGAGCCUCACCCUUUCUGGGAGGUCGGGCUAAUUAGGCCCAUUUUAUAGAUGAGUCAGUUCAGUGUCAUCGGCUUUCUCAAUGUCAUGCUGAGAACUGACGAAAGGGGCAAGAAUAGAGCCCAGGUGUCCUGGUUCCUUAGUCCUUUGCGCUAAACUCUACAUCCCAGGGUGGGUCGGUGCUGGGCACCUGCUAAUCAUAUCCCCUAGGCUAGAAGCAGAGACUUGUGCAUUUGCC